AUUUGUAAAAGCAAGAUGGAUGCCAUUGAAUUAUUGUAUGUCAAGAAUAAGUGUUCAAAAUGCGAAAUACUACAGCAUUGAUAUAUGUAUAUUUUAAAAUAUAGCCUUUUGUAAAAAUUAAAAAUUUUUUUUCAAUUAACGAAUUAUAAAUGUGUGAACUAAUAUUGCAUAAGUUUUAGUUGUAGCACAUUAUUUUGAAGCGUAUUUACAGUUAUAAACAUAACCUACUAGAUUUCAAAAUUGAUCGACAUUUAUCUUAUGUAUUCCGUGAUUUAAGUAAAUGACUACUUAUAUACAUAAUGGGUGAAUUAAAUGUGUGUUUUCAAAUAGAUACAGAUAAUCGUGAAAAUUUUCCAUCUGCAGCUGCUUUUCAAACAUUUAAAAAUCAAAGAGAUACAUUUUAUGAAAUAUUUAGAAUAUGGGAAAAAAAUCAUUCAGUACCUGGUUGGAAUUUUCAAAUAGCUUUAGGAAGUAAAAUAAGAACUAUGUUAACAUUGCACAAUGAUGCUAUAAAUUAUUAUCAUUUUGCAAGAUUAUUUAAGUCACAACUUUUAAUUUCAUGUAUACAAAAUAGACAACAGACAGAAGUAGAAGAUGAUGAAAGUAUAAGUUUUUUAAAAGCUUUGAAACAUGAAAAUCCAAAAAAAUUGAAUCAGCUUCAGAAACGAUUAGUAACUCCACAGCCUUCCAAAAAUCAAGUCACUGAACCAUCUUUCCCUGGAGUGCAAGAAUUUUUCAAAGAUUUUAUAUUGUUUGCUUUUAAUCCAAUUUUUUAUGUUCAUUUGGAAAAUUGUUUAAUUCAUGAAAUAAUGGAAUUGAAUGAUACUCAAUUUAAUAAUAGUGAAAUAGAAGAUUCAGAAACAAUAGUUGAUGAACAAACUCAGCAAAAUUUUAUUAUAUGCUUAUGCAGUUUAAGACUUCUUGCAAAAGUGUUAGGUCUCCUUGUAUCAUUACCUUAUAGAUCAGAAUCAAAUAAUUUUAAAGAAUUAAUAGCAACUCAAGUGGAAAUAAGAACCAAAGUUGUGCCAGCAAUAAAUUUACAUCUUUGUCUUCAUAAUGCAAUAGCAUCAGGAAAAUUAUCAUUAACUGUACCUUGGAUAGCAAAAUAUUUGGCUAUGAUGGAUACUGUAUCUCUUCGAUUACCAUAUUAUAAGCAAACUUUAGAACUUUUAUAUUAUAUCUAUAAAGUUGUAAAUCAUUUUGAUUUUUCUACAUCUGAUAGUUUUAUUUCUCAACAAACAGCAAUUCUUCUUAAAUCUACUUUAUGCUGGUUAUUUGAAUUAUCAAAUGUUCCAAAAGAUUUUUAUCUUACUUGGCAAGAAAUAUAUAAAGUUAAAGAAUUAAGAAAUUUGAAGCAACUUGAUAAACAAUACGUGCAAAAGAAUAUACUAUUGGGGGAACCUACUGUGUCUGUUACAUCAACUAAAUGUAACUUAGACAAAUUAGAUAUUAUUAAUGAAAGAACAUUGCGUAUAUGUUGUCCACUGGUUGGAUUAAAUGUAUCUGUAUCGAAUUCAAAUGCAAAUUUAAAUAAUUAUAAUUCAAAUAAACAUAUUACACCAGUUUCUAGUCAACUUCAUAAAUCUGCUAAAAGUGCAGGUAUAAAACAUCUAGAGUUGAAAUUAGAAGAAGCAUUUUUUGGCGGACAACCAGCAUCUACACGAAAAACUGUUGAUUUUGUAUCUGAGCGAGUUGCUUCAACUUGUGUGAAACAUAUAUGUAACACUUUGUUAAUGUCUUCUAGAGAAAUGAAUUUAAAUAUUUAGGAGAUUUUGGAAAAAAAGCAAAUUGAAAGGCAACCUGAAAAAAUUGGAGAUUUAUUACGUAAUAUUACAGAUUUUAAGGCAUUUAUAUCAACUCAUAUGAAUACUUUAGCUACAAAUAUGUCUAAAGAAUUGAAAGAUCAAUGUGAAGCAUCUAUACCGGGAAUUUGUGAAUUACGGGUAACUAAAUGUAUGGAGUCUCUCUUAGCGGAAGAUUCUUUGACAUCCGUGAAGGAAAUGUGUACUAAAAUUGCUACGAGACUAGCUAUGGAACGUAUACAUCAAUGGAUACAAUCACACAUAGUGGGUGGAUCAUUAUUUAUAAAAGAUAUGGAACUUGAAUUAAAUAGAUUUUUAAAAAACAAUGCACCAUUACAUCCAAUUGAAGAAAAGAAACAUAACCCAAAUGCUAUGAGUCCAACAACUAUCACUGAUAAUUUAAGAGAAUUUAUAUGGAUUAUACUUGAUAAUGGUGGUGAUUCUUUAACAAUAACGAUGGUUUUAACUGUAUUGGAUAAUUUAUAUCAGACCUUAAAUGAAAGAGCUGAUUUAGUUGUGGGGCCAGAGAAAGUUUUAUACUCUCUUAGUAUAGAUUUUGCUUUAUUUUUAGUUGCUUAUCGAAGUGAUUUGUUUACUUUAAAAGUUCAAGAAAAAUUUAUUAAAGUAUGGGCAAUGAGUCGUUGUAAAACUUUGGAGUUGGAUUCAUCAAUAAAUAGAAUACUUAGUUCUAGAAACGUUAUGCUAUUAGCUCAACCAGAAAAAGAAGAAGUUUGGAUAGUGUUUGGAAAAUUUAUUAAUAAAUUGAUAAAAAAAAACGUUUUAGAUAUUGACAAUUUUAGUGAUCAAUGUGUAGCUCUAUUUAGGCAAAAUUGGCCUGUGCCCAUACUAAAACGUUUAUCAAAAUGUUUAAUGGAAGUUAUAACUGAUUUCAAAGCAUCAGAUGAAACAACAGAAAAAGUAAAAUAUUUACUUGGUUGGAUAGCUGAAACAUAUAACGAAAUAGAGUUUUGCGAUAAUUAUAAUUCUAUAGACUGAUAUUCUUUUAAUCAUUUAUAUUUUUAACUUCUUCAUAGGCUAAUGUAUUAAUUGUAUAAAUUAUACAAUUCUUGUGCAUAUAUGAAUGUAAAUUAUUGUACAUUAAUUAAUUUAAUGACGAAAGAGAUGUGUGUUUCACACUAAUUUCGAAAAUUGUUAUUACCAUAUAAUUGUAAAUCUAUAACAAAUUUUAGUUAACUUCGAAUGUAUAAAACUCGUUAAUUCUGUAUAAGAAUGCGAUGAAUCUCAAAUUUACAACUUGAUUGGUUUGACAUUUAGCAAUAUUAUUUGCUACUUUUAUGGUUAAAGUAUUGGUUAUUAUAUCUGUACAUAUGCAUGAAUUUAAAUUUUUACAUAUUUUUAAAUUUAAUAUUAUUGACUUAUUUCCAUGUUUGACGUUUAUUGUUGCAUUUAUCCAGUGAAUGCGUAUUUUAUAGUUAACGAAAAAUUUUAACUUUUCGUAUGUAUGAAAAGUAAAAUAAAGAAUUUGUUUUUUA